CCUUGAGGCGGGCCUACAGCGCGACCGCCCCUCCAGGAGGCGGUGGGAAAACGAGGCCUAUCCUGCAGCCGCCGCAAUGGAGGAGGAAGUGGAGAUCGUGGAGGACGACAAGGCCGGACCUGCGGCUGCUGAGAAGCGGGGACCCACCGACACGCUGGGGUCCGCUCCUACCGCCAGCAGCCAUUACGAGAUGCCCUGGGUGGAAAAAUACAGACCCCUGAAACUAUGUGAAGUAGUUGGAAAUGAAGAUACAGUCAGCAGGCUGGAGGUCUUUGCAAAAGAAGGGAAUGUCCCAAAUAUUAUCAUUGCGGGUCCACCUGGAACAGGAAAAACCACCAGCAUCCUCUGCUUGGCUCGUGCUCUGCUUGGCCCUGCGUUAAAAGAUGCUGUUUUGGAGCUGAAUGCCUCAAAUGACAGAGGCAUCGAUGUUGUGAGGAACAAAAUCAAAAUGUUUGCUCAGCAGAAGGUCACACUUCCAAAAGGUCGGCACAAAAUCAUCAUCCUCGAUGAAGCAGACAGCAUGACAGAUGGAGCCCAGCAAGCUUUGAGAAGAACAAUGGAAAUCUAUUCCAAAACAACACGCUUCGCACUCGCAUGCAAUGCCUCUGAUAAAAUCAUAGAGCCCAUUCAGUCUCGGUGUGCAGUGCUGCGUUACACCAAACUGACAGACUCACAGAUCCUCGCGAGGCUACUGAAAAUAGUUGAAAAAGAGAAUGUACCAUACACUGAUGAUGGAUUAGAAGCCAUUAUCUUCACAGCUCAAGGAGAUAUGAGACAGGCCUUGAACAACUUACAGUCCACAUAUUCUGGAUUUGGUUUUAUAAACAGUGAAAACGUCUUUAAGGUAUGUGAUGAGCCUCACCCUCUGCUUGUGAAAGAAAUGAUACAACACUGCAUCAAUGCAAACAUCGAUGAGGCAUACAAGAUUCUUGCCCACCUAUGGAAACUUGGAUACUCCCCAGAAGAUGUGAUUGGCAACAUCUUCCGUGUGUGUAAAACCUUUCAGAUGCCAGAAUAUCUGAAGCUGGAAUUUAUCAAGGAAAUUGGCUACACACAUAUGAAGAUAGCAGAAGGCGUGAACUCAUUGCUGCAAAUGGCUGGACUCCUUGCCAGGCUGUGUCAGAAGACUGCAGCUCCUGCAGCAAGUUAGAAACCUGACUGAGCUGAAACCUGUGUUCUGGAAGGUAAAGGCCUGGGUGAGAGCUCAGCAGCUGUGUUUGUCCUGAAUCCCACCAGUCUGGUUUUGCUAAAUCCCAGAACCAGGCUCUAUUGUAAAAUUAACUUGAAUUCUUUUAAAAUUUAGACCAAUAAAGCUUUAAAAUGUAGUUUCAGUAUAUCAAAAAGCUACAGCAUCAUGGUUUCCUCUCUGCCUGGUUUUGGAAACCACCUUACAAGUUCAGAGGAGCAAUAAAGUGUGAAAUGCAGAGUGAAAACAAAUAUAAA